AUGUCCGCAGCGGGGUCCAAAGUCUCUUUCACGGUUCGUAGACCGACGCCCAUCUCAAGAAACUCUUCUGAAGCCGACUCAGACGCCCCGUCGUUCAAAAUUCCAGCGCUGCCGCGUCAUCUAGCCGACAGGGAUGCGCCAGGCAGCCCGCUUGCGCGCAGCGCCAACUCGUCCCCGACACCGAAACGGAUGUACCGCGACCGCGACGACAGCAGCGACGAUGACGACGCGCAGCCCGUAGACGAGCUCGUGACGGGCUUCGACCAGUUCGGCGUGCAGCGGUUACAUGAGAAGAAGAAGGAGGGCCCGUUGGUGAUACCCGCACUGAAGAACCGCGACUGGCGGGAGGCGGCAAGGAAGAGGAAGGCGGGUAUUUAUGUGCCGCCGGGUGCGCAGGCGGAGACGGGCGCGGAUGGCAGCGUUGGGGGGCUGGGCACUCGGGAUUCGAUUAACUCGGGCCCUGAGAGAAUUGGGCUGCAGUUCAAGGCAAAGAAGAUCAAGAUUGAGGACGGCAUGGAUGGUGUACAGACUACCGAGGUAACUACGGAAGUGGACGUCAAGAUGGAAGAAGAAGAAGUCAAGAAAGAAGGAGAAAGCGAGGACCAGCGCGCGCUGCGCGCCCUCCUGGCUGAGGUCAAGGGCGAAGGAUCUGGGGACGGCCCUGUAAUCGAGGCAAUCCGCCCGAUCAGCGAGGAAGAAGCAUAUCGACAAGAUGUCGCAGAACUACCAGACGUGGCCUCGAUGGAGGCCUACGAACGCGUCCCCGUCUCGCAAUUUGGCGCCGCUAUGCUCCGGGGGAUGGGGUGGAAGGAGGGCCAGGCUGCAAGCCGGAAGCAGAAGGGCCCCGUGGAGCCGUGGUUACCCCAGUCACGGCCGGCCCUGCUGGGCAUCGGCGCGAAGGAGAGGGAGGUGCUGGACGACGGGAGCGGGAAGAAGAAGAGAGUUGGGAAGGGCGCUGCUAUGAAGUAUGUGCCGGUCAUCAAGAAGGAGCGGGAAGGGUCUGGAAGUGGGAGCGGGAGUGGCAGGGCGUCGCCGGAGGGACAGGUUGCGAGGCGGUCACCGGGUCGGGACCGGGACGAUGGGCGAAGGGAUAGGGAUCGAGACAGAGAUUAUGACAGGGAUAGGAGGGAUCGCCGGAGGUACGAUGAUGACAGACGGAGAGACCGGGAUGGGGAUUAUGAGCGGUCGGACAGGAGAGACCGUGAUGAUGAUAGACGGAGGGAGAGUCGAAGGGAUCGGGACUACGACAGGUCGGACAGGGACCGCAACCGGGACGAAGACAGACGGCGGAGAAGGGACUGAUGGAGUGAGGGCUGCACCAUGCCUCGCGGCUGUACGUGAUAUACCAUGACGGCCUGGGUUUCGCAGGGCUGUACUCGCUAAGCGCCUCGCUAUACUCCUGUCUAGUGUAUUGAUGUAUAUGGGUUUAGUCUCGAGACUGAAAUACAUCCUUGCGAUGAGCCAUA